AUGUCUAUUUCAAAAGAAGUCAAGCCGCAAGCGGCCCCUACUGCACCAACGAAGGCGAAGAUAUUCGGAUUUAAGAACUGGUCCACCUUUUGGCUGUGGGCUGUUAUUGGAGGCUAUUUCGCCGCAUUCAACAUCUGGAACAUGAGGAAGCUGGAUUUCGAAGGCUCAUUCCAAACCAAUGCUCUACCUGGCGAAUAUUCAUGGAUGAAGCGAACAGCCGGGUACAAAACUUUGUUCCGCGCGCAUCUUGCAUGUGUUUUGCCUUGCUCGGUAAUCGGACUCUUGCAGUUCGUGCCUCAAUUGCGCAGGAAUUACAUGUCGAUCCACCGGAGCCUUGGUGAGGCAUUUUUCCUCAUGAUGGGAUUCGGAGCGCCAAGCGGAAUCAUGGUAGCUGUGCAUGCGUUUGGCGCAGCUGAAAACCCCUCCGUGCGGUUGUCAAUCAUGUUGACAGGCGUGCUGACGAUCUGUUUUCUUGCCGCCUCAUAUUUCUGCAUCUCGACUAACGUAGUUUUGUCCCGUCUCCGCUACAAGCUCCACCACGGGCCAUCCAACCCAGACGCUCGGGUUUUCCGACGAUACAAGGCGAUCGACAUCCGGCGUCACCGGGAGUUUAUCAUUCGCACGCUAGCCGUCAUGUCGACUGGGUCUUUCUCCUCGGUGUAUCUCAUCAUACCAGAGGUGAUGAACUGGACGCUAGGAUACGUGGCAUUCUCGUGUGGUACCUUGAUGAAUGAUCUCGGCGUUUCGCCGGCAUCGGCCCAUUUACAAAGUACCUAUCCUGCUUGCAUGGCGGAGAAUGGCGGCCAUGCAGGUACUAUUGUCGCUGUGAAGGCCGAUCUCAGUGGGUCUGUCGAAGAGCUCACUGCUUGGGGCCGUGCGGGAAUUGGCAUGGCGUUCUGGGCCGCUCUAGUUAUGCACAUGGUAUUGGCAGAGAUCUACAUUCGUAUCACCGCCAAGGAUGAUGAUAGGUCGGACGAUCUCUGA